AUGGCGAGGAAUUUGUCUGUGAUCUUGAUCUUGCCUUUCACUCUGCUGGCCUGUGACACAAGUCUCUCAGCUGCUUUCCCUCAGACCACUGAGAAAAUUGUUCCAAAUUGGCAAUCAGGCAUUAAUGUUGACUUGGCAGUUACUACACAGCGACACCAUCUACAACAACUUUUCCACCGCUAUGGAGAAAAUAAUUCCUUGUCAGUUGAAGGAUUUAGAAAAUUACUUCAGAAUAUAGGCAUUGAUAAGAUGAGAAGAAUUCAUAUUAACCAUGACCACGAUCAUCACUCUGACCACGAUCAUCACUCUGACCAUGACCAUCACUCUCACCAUAAUCAUGCUGCUUCUGGGAAAAAUAAUCGGAAAGGCCUUUGUCCAGACCAUGAUUCUGACAGUUCUGGUAAAGAUCCUAGAAACAGUCAGGGAAAAGGAUCUCGCCGAUCAGAAAACGCCAAUGUUAGAAGAAAUGUUUUAGUCAAGGAUGGUAUUAGUGCUGGGGAAGUGACCUCAACUGUAUAUAACGCUGUCUCUGAAGGAACCCACUUUCUAGAGACUCUAGAGACUCCGAAACCUGGAAAGCUUCUCCUUAAAGAUAUGAGUGGUUCCACUCCACCCAGUAUCACAGAAAAGAGCCAUGCAAGCCAGCUUGCUAGUAGGAAAACAAAUGAAUCUAUGAGUGAGCUGAGAAAAGGCUUUAUGCAUCCUAAAACCACAAAUGAGAAUACUCAAGAGUGUUUCAAUGCUUCCAGGCUGCUCACCUCUCAUGGCAUGGGCAUCCAGGUUCUGCUGAACACAACUGAGUUCUACUAUCUCUGCCCAGCCAUCAUCAAUCAGAUUGAUGCUAGAUCUUGUUUGAUUCACACGACCAGUGAAAAGAAAGCUGAAAUCCCUCCAAAGGCCUAUUCUUUACAAAUAGCCUGGGUUGGAGGCUUCAUAGCUAUUUCCAUCAUAAGUUUCCUAUCCUUGCUGGGGGUCAUCCUAGUGCCACUCAUGAACCGGGUGUUUUUCAAAUUUCUGCUGAGUUUCCUGGUGGCGUUGGCCGUUGGGACUCUAAGUGGUGAUGCUUUUCUACACCUUCUCCCACAUUCUCACGCAAGUCACCACCACAGUCAUAGCCAUGGAGAAUCAGCAAUGGAAAUGAAGAGGGGCCCCCUUUUCAGUCAUCUGUCUUCUCAAAACAUAGAAGAAAGUUCUUACUUUGAUUCCACAUGGAAGGGUCUGACAGCUCUAGGAGGCUUAUAUUUCAUGUUUCUUGUUGAACAUGUGCUCACAUUGAUCAAACAAUUUAAAGAUAAGAAGAAAAAGAAUCAGAAAAAACCUGAGAAUGAUGAUGACGUGGAGAUUAAGAAGCAGUUGUCCAAGUAUGAAUCUCAACUUUCAACAAAUGAGGAGAAAAUAGACACUGACGAUCGACCUGAAGGCUGUCUACAAGCAGAUGCUCAAGAGCCCGCACACUUUACUUCUCAGCAGCCAGCAGUCUUGGAAGAGGAAGAGGUCAUGAUAGCUCAUGCUCAUCCACAAGAAGUCUACAAUGAAUAUGUACCCAGAGGGUGCAAGAACAAAUGCCAUUCACAUUUUCAUGACACACUCGGCCAGUCAGAUGAUCUCAUUCACCACCAUCAUGACUACCAUCAUAUUCUCCAUCACCACCACCACCAAAACCACCACCCUCACAGCCACAGUCAGCGUUACUCCCGGGAGGAGCUAAAAGAUGCUGGCAUUGCCACGUUGGCUUGGAUGGUGAUAAUGGGUGAUGGCUUGCAUAAUUUCAGCGACGGCCUAGCAAUCGGUGCUGCUUUUACUGAAGGUUUAUCGAGUGGUUUAAGUACUUCUGUUGCUGUGUUUUGUCAUGAGUUGCCUCAUGAAUUAGGUGACUUCGCUGUUUUACUCAAGGCUGGCAUGACUGUUAAGCAGGCUGUUCUUUAUAAUGCUUUGUCAGCCAUGCUGGCAUAUCUUGGAAUGGCAACAGGAAUUUUCAUUGGUCAUUAUGCUGAAAAUGUUUCUAUGUGGAUAUUUGCACUUACUGCUGGCUUGUUCAUGUAUGUUGCUCUCGUUGAUAUGGUCCCUGAGAUGCUGCAUAAUGAUGCUAGUGACCAUGGAUGUAGCCGCUGGGGAUAUUUCUUUUUACAGAAUGCUGGGAUACUUUUAGGUUUUGGAAUUAUGUUGCUAAUUUCCGUAUUUGAGCAUAAAAUUGUGUUUCGUAUAAAUUUCUAAUUACAGUAUAAAUGCUAGAGUAGCUUACAAAAGCAUUGCCAGCUAUAGUUUAAAUAGGUCAUAAGGAGAUGGGAAUUUGUGUGCUGGAAUGCUCACCAUUUAUGGUUAGUGUGGUCUUUAAAGUUGUAUUGAAUAUUGUCCUUCGUUGUGCUUAUCAGGUCAAUUAUGGUAGUAACACAAAGGUACGUUUUAAUAUUUAAGUUAUUCUGUUUUGGGAAUAUAAGCUGUAUGUGCAAUUCACCAAUACUACCAGUUUAUUGUAUAAACUAGAGCUUUGGCAUGACAUGUUCUGUAUAUUUCAGGAAAAAAAUGUCCUUAAUAUUUUUUCUAGAACUAAUUUAACAGAGUAAUUCCCAUGCCGAAUUUGAAACCUAUGAAUUGCUGGUGUUGAAUGAGAAUGUAGCCAAAGCUGAAGAUACCAGGGAAACUUGUAACUUGUACUGAAUUUAAGUUAGGAAAAUAGGGAGAAAAAGAGAAG